CAUGGCGCCCUUCCGUGUGUAAGGAAAUAAGCCAGAGCGCCAGUUUUUUCUGGCCGGUGUGUGUCAGUUACAACUUACCAGAGACGGUCGAGAUUCGGUUCUCAUAGAAACGCCACUUUUGUAAGGCCAGACCGAGCCUAACGUUUGGUCUUGAGGCAAAAAAAAUGGGCAUUUUGGACAGGAUACGGAAGGAAUGGUUUAUCAUUGGAAUAGUACUGGUCAUUGCUCUAGCAAAAUUGGAGCCUGCCACGGGAGUGAAAGGAGGACCUUUGAAGCCAGAGAUAACAAUCACAUAUAUUGCAGUUUCUACCAUAUUUUUUAACAGUGGACUCUCAUUAAAAACUGAGGAGCUUACAAGUGCUUUGAUGCAUGUGAAGCUUCAUCUGUUUGUCCAGACCUUCACACUCGUGUUUUUCCCUGCAGCAAUAUGGCUUUUCUUGAAAAUCUUAUCAUUAACCACCAUCAAUGAAUGGCUGCUUAAAGGGUUGCAGACAGUUGGGUGCAUGCCUCCUCCUGUGUCCUCUGCAGUCAUUCUGACCAAAGCAGUUGGUGGAAAUGAGGCAGCUGCGAUCUUCAAUUCUGCCUUUGGAAGUUUUCUGGGUAUCGUUGUAACGCCUCUGCUGCUUCUGCUGUUUCUUGGCUCCUCCUCCUCAGUGCCUUUCUCCUCAAUUUUUUCUCAGCUGUUUAUGACUGUCGUAGUUCCUCUUAUAGUUGGACAGAUAGUUCGACGGUAUAUUAAGGAGUGGCUAGAGAGAAAGAAGCCCCCCUUUGGUGCCAUCAGCAGCUGCGUUCUCCUCAUGAUUAUUUACACCACAUUCUGCGAUACAUUCUCCAAUCCCAACAUUGACCUGGACAAGUUCAGCUUGGUCGUCAUCGUAUUUAUCAUAUUUUCUAUCCAGCUGACCUUCAUGCUUUUAAUAUUCAUCUUAUCCACUAGGGAGAAAUCUGGGUUCACGCCUGCCGACACAGUGGCCAUCAUGUUCUGCGCCACACACAAAUCCCUCACGUUAGGCAUUCCAAUGCUAAAGAUCGUAUUUGAAGGAUAUGAGCAUCUGUCAUUGAUAUCCGUCCCUUUGCUCAUAUACCAUCCUGCACAAAUUCUGUUGGGGAGUGUCUUAGUUCCUACAAUAAAGUCCUGGAUGACCACAAGGCAAAAGGCUCUGAAAAUGAUGCGACACCAGCCCGUAUAACUGGACGGGACGGCUUCUUGUCGAGAAGGAUGUUUCACGUGUCAAACAUAACAAUGCAGACGGAGACGCGCAUUUUGAAGAAUUGUGUUAUUGUAUUAAAUCUCCGUGAGAGGGGAUGACUACAGAUAAGUGCCUUCAGCUCAGAAGAGGACCACAGUGAAAACCAGCCAAUUUGAUGAUACAAGGGGGUUGGCUUCACAAGCCUUUGUUAUGCAAGCAAAAAUAUGUAUAUAUAAAUCUAAUUUUUAUAUGGUGAUAUUAAAGUUCAGUUUUGGGGCCAUACAAUCAAGACAUUGCCAAGUAUUACAAACUGGGUGGACAAUAAGAGGGCGGAAGACUUUAGGGAGAUGAUUCCAGGAUGGGUGUUCUGAUUGAGAGCUUUUAUAUUGUUAAUUGACUUAUUUUAUUAAAAUAUAUUUUACUUACUGUCA